UGAGUCGAUUGUUUGGCUGCCGGCGGGUGACCACGAGCCGAUAAUGCCGAAAAACAGGGAGAAAUUCAACCCGGACCCGUCCAUCCACAUAUCAAAGAUGAACGUGAUCAUCCCGUUUUCACCAGAUGUGCCCUGUGACAGCAACGGCCAGCGGAUGUGGUGGGCUUUCCUCGCCUCCUCCAUGGUCACUUUCUUUGGGGGUCUCUUCAUAAUCCUGCUGUGGCGAACUCUCAAAUACCUGUGGACUGUGUGCUGCCACUGUAACGCCAAGAAGAAGGAGGUCCAUCGGAUCACCACAGGUGAUGGCGUCAAACGUGCCGACAAGGACGAUGCGGCUGCCAGUGAGGUGGGUUGGAUGACCUCAGUCAAAGACUGGGCCGGAGUCAUGAUAUCCGCUCAGACACUGACAGGAAGAGUCUUGGUGGUUCUCGUAUUUGCUCUCAGCAUUGGAGCUCUUGUAAUAUACUUCAUAGAUUCCUCUGAUCCUAUUGAGUCCUGUCAGAACUUCUACAAAGACUUCACGUUGCAGAUUGACAUGGCAUUCAACGUGUUUUUCCUGCUGUACUUCGGCCUCCGCUUCAUUGCUGCCAAUGACAAGCUGUGGUUCUGGCUGGAGGUGAACUCGGUGGUGGACUUCUUCACGGUUCCUCCGGUGUUUGUGUCGGUGUACCUGAACAGGAGCUGGCUCGGCUUGAGGUUUUUAAGGGCCUUAAGGUUGAUACAGUUCUCAGAAAUUUUACAGUUUUUGAAUAUACUAAAGACAAGUAACUCUAUAAAGCUGGUGAACCUGUGUUCAAUCUUCAUAAGCACAUGGCUAACUGCAGCAGGCUUCAUUCAUUUGGUGGAAAACUCGGGGGAUCCUUGGGAAAACUUCCAAAAUUCCCAGGCACUCUCCUACUGGGAAUGUGUCUACUUACUCAUGGUUACUAUGUCCACUGUUGGCUAUGGAGACGUUUAUGCAAAAACCACCCUGGGCCGCCUGUUUAUGGUCUUCUUCAUCCUUGGUGGUUUGGCCAUGUUUGCAAGCUACGUCCCUGAAAUCAUAGAGUUAAUAGGAAACCGCAAGAAAUAUGGUGGUUCCUAUAGUGCGGUUAAUGGGAGAAAGCACAUCGUGGUCUGUGGUCAUAUAACACUUGAGAGUGUGUCCAACUUUCUAAAAGACUUCCUACACAAGGACAGGGAUGAUGUCAAUGUAGAAAUUGUUUUUCUCCAUAAUAUUUCCCCUAAUCUUGAGCUGGAAGCCUUGUUCAAGCGCCACUUCACCCAGGUGGAAUUUUACCAAGGGUCUGUCCUAAACCCACACGACCUGGCCAGAGUGAAGAUUGAAUCAGCUGAUGCAUGUUUGAUCUUAGCCAACAAAUACUGUGCUGACCCUGACGCCGAGGAUGCAUCCAACAUUAUGAGGGUUAUAUCUAUCAAGAACUACCAUCCAAAGAUAAGAAUAAUCACUCAAAUGUUGCAGUACCACAAUAAGGCUCACCUUUUGAACAUCCCAAGCUGGAACUGGAAGGAGGGAGAUGAUGCCAUUUGCCUUGCGGAGCUGAAACUCGGCUUCAUCGCCCAGAGCUGCCUGGCUCAGGGCCUUUCCACCAUGCUGGCCAACCUUUUCUCCAUGAGGUCUUUCAUCAAGAUUGAGGAGGACACGUGGCAGAAGUAUUACCUAGAGGGAGUAGCUAAUGAGAUGUACACUGAAUACCUGUCGAGUGCCUUUGUGGGCUUGUCCUUCCCCGUAAUUUGCGAACUCUGCUAUGUGAAGCUAAAGCUACUACUGAUAGCUAUAGAGUACAAGUCUGAUCAAAGGGAAAGCAGCACCCUGAUAAACCCUGGGAACCAUGUGAAAAUGCAGGAGGGGACCUUGGGCUUCUUCAUUGCCAGCGAUGCCAAAGAAGUAAAGAGGGCGUUGUUUUACUGUAAAGCCUGCCACGAUGACAUAACUGAUCCCAAAAGGAUUAAGAAAUGUGGAUGCAAGAAAUCUAAAAAUAGCUAUAAUGGAUAUAUCAAAUCAAUUGAAGAGGACCAGCAGUCAGCGCUAUCGCCCAAAAAAAAGCAACGUAAUGGAGGCAUGAGGAACUCUCCGAACUCCUCACCCAAGAUAAUGAGACAUGACCCCCUCCUCAUCCCUGGGAACGAGCAAAUUGAGAACAUGGACGAGAAUGUAAAGAAAUACGACUCCACGGGGAUGUUUCACUGGUGCCCAUCCAAAGACAUCGAGAAGGUCAUCUUGACCCGGAGCGAGGCAGCCAUGACUGUUCUGAGCGGUCAUGUGGUUGUGUGCAUUUUUGGAGAUGUGAAAUCGGCAUUGAUUGGUCUCCGAAACUUUGUCAUGCCCCUGAGAGCAAGCAACUUUCACUACCAUGAGCUGAAGCACAUCGUGUUUGUCGGCUCCCUCGAGUAUCUGAAGCGAGAGUGGGAGACUCUUCACAACUUUCCAAAAGUUACUAUUCUGCCAGGCACACCGUUGAGUCGGGCAGAUCUGAGGGCUGUCAACAUCAACCUCUGCGACAUGUGUGUCAUUCUGUCAGCCAAUCAGAACAAUAUUGACGAUGCAUCACUGCAGGACAAAGAAUGCAUCUUGGCGUCACUCAACAUCAAAUCCAUGCAGUUUGAUGACAGCAUCGGGGUCUUGCAGGCUAAUUCCCAAGGCUUCACACCACCAGGGAUGGAUAGAUCUUCUCCUGAAAACAGCCCAGUCCAUGGAUUAGUAAGGCAGACUUCUGUCACAACUGGAGCAAAUAUUCCCAUCAUAACAGAACUAGUGAAUGACUCGAAUGUUCAGUUCCUGGAUCAAGAUGACGACGACGACCCAGACACAGAGUUAUACCUCACUCAGCCUUUUGCCUGUGGGACAGCCUUUGCAGUCAGUGUGCUGGAUUCGUUAAUGAGUGCUACAUACUUCAAUGAUAAUAUCCUCACCUUGAUCCGGACGCUGGUCACAGGCGGGGCGACCCCGGAGCUUGAGGGACUGCUGGCGGAGGAGAAUGCAUUACGAGGUGGUUACAGCACACCACAGACCCUGGCGAACAGGGACAGGUGUCGCGUGGCACAGCUGGCCUUGUACGACGGGCCCUUUGCCGACCUCGGGGAUGGUGGUUGUUAUGGUGACCUGUUUUGUAAAGCCCUGAAAACAUACAACAUGCUGUGCUUUGGCAUCUAUCGGUUACGAGACGCACAUCUAAACACACAAAGCCAAUGUACCAAACGGUAUGUCAUAACCAAUCCACCAUAUGCGUUUGAGCUCGUGCCCUCAGACCUGAUAUUCUGCCUGAUGCAGUUCGACCACAACGCCGGCCAGUCUCGAACCAGCCUUUCCCACUCUUCCCAUUCGUCCCAUUCCUCCAGCAAAAAGAGCUCCUCUGUCCACUCUAUCCCAACCACCAACCGCACCAACCGCACCAAAACCAGGGACUCACGAGACAAACAAAAAAAAAAGACACGGUUUACAGAUGAGCCAGAGAAUACCCACCUGAGGACCAUACAGAUCAAGCCUGUGAAUACUCUCGCCGUAAACCAAGUCAGUCAGUAUAAAUCCACAAGCAGCUUGAUUCCACCCAUCAGAGAAGCAGAAGACGAGUGCUAAGCUCCGGACCCACGCUGACACCUGG